GCCCAGACAAAACGACGCUUUUCGCAUGACCGAGUUCAUUUAAAUCUGCUGAGGAGGGAGAGGUAUUCUGCCUUUCCUCUGAAUUGAAAGCUGCUAUUUCUUUCGUUGCCUCAGAACAGGGCAGUCGCUUUUCGUUAGCCAGUUUGGCACCAACUGGGCAGAAGCAAAGAGAUACAUGCCAGUGUUGAAGAAAAUAUACGGUUUUCGUCACGAAGAUUAACGAAACGAGGUUAAUUCCUACCAACGAACGAAAUCAAAUUCGCUUGAUGUGACUUGUGGAGGCAAAGUGAGAAGCGGGCUAGCCAGAGGGAAGCGAUUGAAACAAGAGUACGAGUCUGGGCUACUUCAUAAGUAAUUUCACAUUUAUAUAAGUAGUUUUCGACAUACCGGCAUCAUGACCCGAAGAUCCUGUGCCAUUUACGCUACCGGGAUUGUGUGCGCUCAUCUACUGAUUGUGGGAAUCGCCUUGGUCGUGGCACAAGUCUUCCAAACAAUGAUUCACUCUCGGUUAAAAAAGGAAUUGACUUUGACGGAGAAAAGCCAAGUAUUUGAGUCGUGGAAGAACCCUCCACCCCCCGUUUACAUGGAGUAUUACUUCUUCAAUGUCACCAAUCCAGAGGUUUUCCUAUCUGGUGGUAAAGCAGCUGUCACUCAAAUUGGACCAUACACGUACAGGGAGUACAGACCCAGGGAGAAUGUGACCUUCCUCGAAAACGGGACCAAGGUUUAUGCCCUGAACCCCAAGAGCUUUGUUUUUGUUCCUGAGAAGUCCAAGGGAAACCCAGAGACGGACAUUCUGAGGACAGUUAACAUCCCAGUUGUGGCUGUCAUGAGUGAGCUCAAUUCCUACUCCUUCUUCCUCCGCACCCUGGUGUCCAUGUGGAUGAAAAGCAUCGGCGUGGACAUCUUCAUGACGCGCACCGUCCACGAGGUGCUGUGGGGGUUCAAGGACCCUCUGCUCAGCCGUCUCCACAACUUGAGACCUGAAGUGGACGACCACUUUGGCCUUAUGUGGAAGAAAAAUGGAACUCAUGAAGGAGAGUUUGUGUUCCUAACUGGGGAGAGGGACUACAUGGAGUACGGCAGGAUCGACACAUGGAACGGCCUGAGAGAGAUGUCAUGGUGGUCCUCCAACCAGAGUAACAUGAUCAACGGGACAGACGGCAGUGUCUUCCAUCCACUGCUGUCCAGGAACGAGCUGCUCUACAUCUUUGCUGCUGACCUAUGCAGGUCUAUCCACCUGGCCUACGUGGAGGACGUGGAGGUGAAAGGCAUCCAGGCGUACCGCUUCGCGCCCCCCGAGGACGUGCUGCAGAGUCCCAAGAUCAACCCAGCCAACGAGGGCUUCUGCGUGCCUUCCGGGGACUGCCUGGACACCGGCGUGCUGAAAGUUAGCGUUUGCCGCGAAGGAGCCCCUAUCGUGGUGUCCUUCCCUCACUUUUACCAAGCAGACCCCAAGUACAUCAACGCUGUAGAUGGUCUGAACCCCAACAAGGAAGAGCAUGAGACCUACCUUGACCUUAAUCCGACCACUGGUAUCCCUAUUCGUGCCUGCAAGAGAGCCCAGCUCAACAUCAUCUUGAACAGAGUUGAAGGCUUUCCUGCAACCAAACACAUCAACCAGACGAUUUUCCCCAUAAUGUUCGUUAACGAGACGGCGACCAUCGAUGAUGACUCAGCGACCCAGAUGCGAACUCUGCUGCUGAUUGUGACGCUGGUGUCCAACUUCCCCCUGCUCAUCGUGGGCAUGGGGGCCAUCCUGCUGGUGGUCCUCGUCAUCCUGGUCUGCAGGAACCGCCAGAAGAAUGAAGUAAAACGUAUUGAUUUUAAUGAAGCUUUUCAUUCUUUUACUACGGCCAAAGACGAAACGGCCUACACUCAAGUGAGCGACAAGCCUGAGGAGCCAUCAGAAAACCACGCCUGCCAGCCGAUGAAGAACGGCUCUUACAUAGCCAUGUCUCCAGUGGAGGCCCAGAAGUGUUGAUGGACGCUGGGGUAGGGGGUGGGAGCAGAGGGCAGGGUGCAGCACAGGCCAUGCUGUGCUGGAAGCAAGGAUAUAUGUAUUUUUGUUCAGUCUUAGAUAUAUUUCCCCCCCUCCCCGUCUUUUUCUAGGGGGGUGUUCGCAGCCCCCAAUAAAUGUCAAUCAAGAUGUGGAUACUUCCUAAUGGUCCGCCAUCUUGAUUGUCCAAGCUUCUCGCCGGCCGAGCAUGCCCUUUCUGCCUGACACACUGCUACGACCCGCCCCCCACACACUAUCUCCUGGGCCUCUGCUUCUGGUCUAGCUAGCUCCAGCGCUGGCUUUCAUCAGGGGACGCGGACUCUGCAAGGACACGCCUUUUUUUGUGUGUGUGUGUUUAGCAGCUCCUUCGAGGAAUUCCGUAGCAUCAGCUGUGUGCAUGCUCACCGAUCAACCCCCCCCCCCCCCUCCCCCCCGAGCAGACUUCAGCCGUCCUACAGGGCCUGAGGCGCAGGGUGGUUGUCACCUGGGGUGACUACCGAGGGUCUUUCUAGAGAUCUUCAUUCCAUCCGUGUUUGGUGAGAUCGGGUCUCGAAAUGGAAGUCAUCCUCCCUCUCCCCCAACUCUUCAGUGUGUGUGUGGGGGGGGGGGGCUCAGAGUAGAAAUGGUUUUGGUAACAAAACUGUGUACUUUUGUACACAACAAGAACAAAAAAUGGACUGGGCCAAACAGUUUAUAGAAUAUUUGCCUUUUUCUAAGAUGAAUCAGUGCACAUGCCUCACUCAUCUUAUCAAAUAGAAUUAGUGGCAGUGAGUGAGUGAGUGUGUGUGUGUGUGUGUGCAUGCUUGUCCUAAACUGCUGUGGCCUGUUUUGAUGGACUACGGGCAACCAUUAUGACCCCCCCCCUCCAAUCACAGAUUUCCUAUAACACUAGUUUUGAGACGUAGCCCUCCAAGUUAAGCAUUACUAGCUAGAUGUUGGGAUCGUUCAGGGUGGAACAUACAGCCGGAUGUAGUUGUGUCAGAAGCUUUCAUCUUUCUGAGCAGAGGAAGGGAUAGCCUACAUACCCAAAAAAACUUACAAGGGAGACUUGAACCUACUUUCUGCCUUACAAGCUUUUUUCUCUUUUUUGUUUGUUUGUGUGUUGAUAAUGUAAAAAAGCUGGAAAUCUUUGUCAUUGUACAUAUUGUAAAGGGGAAAUAUCCAGCUACCUCCUGACCAAAUCCAGCAAGAAGUCAAAGGUUUGCUGUCGAAAAACUUCAACUUGGAAACAUUUGUGGGACUACUUUGUGAGUCUACACUGCUACUUAGAGAAAGCACAACUGGAUUGUUUGAAACCAGUCCUCCAACAAAGUUACCGACCUUUUCAUAUUACGAAGGUCUCCUGUCUGAGACGGCCAUCGGUGCUGUGUGAUUAAGACAGCAGACAUUGUGUAGAUGCCAGUUGUGGCGCCCUCCGCCGUGGCCAACAGUUGUUUGGCUUGCCAAGGAGCCGAAGGCGUUCAGACGAACACGGCACUUGAAUCCCUGUUCGUCUUCUGUGUGAUGUCUCGUGUUUCUUUGUUGCGUUGGUCACCAGUCUGUCAUGUCAAGCCUUUGGCGGCUGCUGCCAUGAACUGAAUUAAGGCCAUACUACUGUCAACUUGAAAAUUGUGAUCCCUGCACUUCCCCCCCCCCCUCCCCUUUUUUGAAAAGAGAAAUUGUGCCCUUUUUUAGUUUUCGGUCUUUUGUCCUGGGCAUUUGAUUUCAAAAUGCUACGGCCUUCACAUGCAUUUCAUUGUGGUGGGUAUUUCAACACUGCCUUUGUUACUUGCUUUUCAGUACUUCAAGUAUUGUGGUUUUGGUAUAUUUUUUUAUAUUUUGAUUGCUGCUAAUAAUUUGCCAUAACGUAUGGACUUGUAUUUUUAUGACUACCCAUGUCUGCUCUUGAUUUUCUCAGUCCAAGAGUUGCUAGGUUUCUGUCAAGCAUCUUUUUGGAUAUGAAAAAAUACCGGAGCACCAAAUACAAUUGCCCAUAGCUUGCUGCCAAGUACUGGAAUAAGCGGAUAACAAUAGAUAGCAACAUUAACACCAAGUAUCAUAAUUAUUACAACUCGUCUCUUGUCAUUUCAUGUUAUUGGGUGACUAGUUGUACGUAAGAUGAUUUCAUGUUAUAUUGUUUGGGUUAUGAUAGGGCUAGUACUGGAAGCACUAUUUGUUGAGUUUUCGCUGAAUGCCCUUGUAAACAAAUGAAGGAGAGCUGUCGAAGCAGACGUUAGAUUUGUGCCAUUGAGGAUCAUGCUGAUGAAUGCCUGUCUGACAAAUGAAUUCUUGGAAAUGCUCAUUCUAUUCUUAAUAGGCUUUUAUGAGCUUGAAUCCUACAUGCAGGCAGUCAUGGCCAAAUGCAAACCUGCUGUGCUCCAUUUAAUCACAGUAUAUCUUUACCAUCCUUAUUGACUUGAAUUUCAAGACCUUAACCCGCAAGUUGUGUGUGAGUGUGUUUCUAAACAGGCACACACCUGAGCCUGCUCCUACUUCUCCCUCUGACCCUUUGUGUCCAAUCAUUCAAGCCCAUUGGCUCUGUCGUGCUUGACCAAAGAACCUGUAUGGACCGGUUCCAGCGCCGUGUUUAUGCUUCUAGAUAACGGUUGUGCCACCAGUGCGGCCUACUUUAAACAGUGCCAGGAUCCAAGUCUGGUGUCUGCACCAAUGGUUAUGAGGUGUGUGCUAUUUCCAACCAGGCAAAAAUAUAUAUCAUAAAUGAGUUUUGUUGUUAGUUUAGCCAAUUUGGUAUUGGUUGUUAUCGCACAAAGCGAGAUUCGAAAGGUUUGGAAGAGGCUAUAAACAUGCAAAAUCGCUCAGUAUUAUACCAUGUAUUGACACAGCAAUGCAAAGUUAAGUAAAAAGAUUUGUUUGUGGACGAAGUGUUUUGUAAUCGGCCACACAAUAUUUAUGUAUCAACGUUGUCAAGGAUAUCUUAUUUUCUGUAUUUUUUUUUGUUUUGGUCCAGUUUCAUUUCUCUUUAUAUUUUGUAAUAUUUUACUGGGGUCAUAGAGCACAUUUCAGUUUUUCUACGAUUUCUUCUUUAUUGCUUCACCAAAAUACGUAAGUGUAAAGAUUAUCUCACAUUGUAAACUUCAGUAUCAAAGCCCCUUAAGAGAAUAGCUGAAUGGUUGUGAGUGGUUUGUGUGUUGGAUACAUUUGAGUAUUAAGAUGAAAACAGAUGCAUAGACCUAUUUUUGUGGUGCCAAUGCACUGUUUUGUUAAACUGGACUGAUUUAUUGGAAGGCUGACUGUCUUUGUAUACAAAUAGGUUGUCCUCAUUGGCAAGCAGGCCACAGGGGGAGUGUACACUCAAAAAUCCAUAGAUGAAUGAAGCCCUCCUUCAGGGAUGAUAGUACUACGUCAUCUUAAUUUGCCGUGUAGCAACUUAAUAAUUCAACCCUCAGUUUCAUGGCGUGAGAGUUACAGAAUCACUAACGGACCUUUCUUCAGUUUCCUUGAUAUAGAAUCUGUUUUUGUUGCUGAAAAUGACAAUCCUCAUGUCAUGUUAGAUGCAAAAUUAUUUCAAAGUAAUAUCCCUUUUUAGUUUUGAUAAUUUACACUGCACAAAAUGUUUUUACAGUGCUUUUGUAAACAUUUUUAGUGUAUUUGCAAAAAAUAAAAGUUGCAACAUGCAAAAGUU